UGACGCACAAAACCCACCGCGGCACGCCCCCCGUUCCGCGUCCGCGUCCUCUAUAUAACCUGCCUCCUCGCGCCCCUCCAAACCCUAACCGCGCCCGUCCUCCGUUCGCCGCCGCCGUCGCCGCCAUGGGGAGGAGACCUGCAAGGUGCUAUCGCCAGAUCAAGAACAAGCCGUAUCCCAAGUCCAGGUACUGCCGUGGUGUCCCUGAUCCCAAGAUCAGGAUCUAUGAUGUUGGAAUGAAGAGGAAGGGAGUUGAUGAGUUCCCCUACUGUGUGCACCUUGUCUCUUGGGAGAAAGAGAAUGUCUCCAGUGAGGCUCUUGAGGCUGCACGUAUUGCGUGCAACAAGUACAUGACCAAGUCUGCAGGAAAGGAUGCCUUCCACCUUAGGGUCCGGGUUCACCCAUUCCACGUGCUCCGUAUCAAUAAGAUGCUUUCAUGUGCCGGGGCUGAUAGGCUCCAGACUGGAAUGAGGGGUGCCUUUGGCAAGCCCCAGGGAACCUGCGCUAGGGUGGACAUUGGUCAGGUCCUCCUUUCUGUGCGGUGCAAGGACAACAAUGCUGUGCAUGCCAGCGAAGCUCUUCGUCGUGCCAAGUUCAAGUUCCCUGGCCGCCAAAAGAUCAUUGAGAGCAGAAAGUGGGGCUUCACCAAGUUCAGCCGUGCUGAUUACCUGAGGUACAAGAGUGAGGGUAGAAUUGUGCCUGAUGGUGUCAACGCCAAGCUGCUCAGUAACCAUGGUCGACUUGAGAAGCGCGCCCCCGGGAAUGCUUUCCUUGAUGCCGUCGUCGUUUAAGCAACCUAGACCUCACAGCGGGAACACAUUCUGGACGUUUUGCUUUAGCCAAACUUUAUUUUGCUUUUCUGGAACCUGAGCUCCCUUGUGUUUGGUAUUGCAAUGCCUUGUCUGAACCUACCUAUCUUGUGUUGAACAUGUUAUGCAUGGAAUUAAAUAUCUAUCGUGUUGGUACUGCAUCAA